CCAUUUCCUUUUCGACAAUCCAUCUAUCUAUUUAUUCUAAUACCCGGAUAUAUUUACUCUUUCAGUGACGCUCUGCUCUUCCUUAAGACCCUCGUAACCCUCCUCUAAUUCUUAUUCUUAUUCUUUUUCUUCCUCAGGCCGAGGCUGCCGAAGUAUCCGAUCGCUCUCAGUCUCUCUCGAUCAAUUCCGGUCCCCAGUUGUCUCUCUGACACUCCAUUUCUCACCGUAGAGUCUGCUCCAUCAUUCUUCAAAAUGGCUAGCACCGAACCGGAGCAUGAGCACAGGGAAGAAGAGGAUGCCGCCGCCGACGACGAGGACACCGGUGCUCAGGUCGCCCCCAUUGUCAAGCUCGAGGAAGUUGCUGUCACCACCGGCGAAGAAGACGAAGACGCCAUCCUCGAUCUAAAAGCGAAGCUCUAUCGAUUUGACAAGGAUGGAAAUCAGUGGAAGGAAAGAGGCGCCGGCUCUGUUAAGCUUUUGAAACACAAGGAAACCGGCAAGGUCCGGCUUGUCAUGAGGCAAUCAAAAACCCUCAAGAUCUGCGCCAAUCAUUUAGUCCUUCCGACUAUGACAGUUCAGGAACACUCUGGGAAUGAUAAAUCCUGCCUUUGGCAUGCUACUGAUUUUGCUGAUGGCGAACUUAAGGACGAGCUCUUCUGCGUCAGAUUUGGAUCAAUUGAGAAAUUCUGUUCGGCUACAACAUGCAAACAGAAAACAGGUCCGAAGCACCUGCCUCUCUAUUGUUGUACAAACACUCUUGGGUUGGUCCAGACUAAUAGAUUGAGCUGUUCAAGUGCCUUUUCUUAUGAUAAGCUAGCAUUAGCUCCUCUCUGCCUUAUAGACUGCAAAACCUUUAUGGAGAUGGUCACAGAAAUUGCUGAAUCUCAAAAGAAGAAAGAGGAAAACAUGGAUGCCACUUCAGCUGCUGGCCUCAUUGAAAAGUUGACUGUCCAGGAAAAGGCGACUGUAGAUAAAGCUGGGGAGGAUGUACCUGCUGCAGGCAAGGAGGAGAGUAAAUAUGACCCCCGGAAAGCCGAUGUGGAAAAGAAAAGUGAACUUGCUUCCUCAUCUUGAGGAGGAUGCAAUGUCGAGAAACCACUGGUAAUUUGAGGAGGUAGUUUUCCAACCUCUUUUCGCCCCUUGACUUUGUUUCCAUGUUGGUGCCGGGUGAAAAUCAUACGUGAGUCUUGAUUUAUGGGCAGGAACUGUGUGGUUUGGUCCUUGUUAAGUUUCAUUGGCUUGUCAAUGGUUGGUCGGUUCCAGACAUUGGAGUCUUGUGUUUGCAUGUCAAGGGUUGGGUGUCUGGUUUGGGUUUGUCAAAAGUUUUUCAAGAGGGGCCUCCGGAAUACUAGUCAUUUAUUAGUUAUUACUGAGUUGUUAGUCUGUGCUUGGUCAACAAAGGUUGCACCCAAAGAUAAUUACGUUGUUAUGAACAAGCAGGUUUUGUUGUGGGGAUAUUCAAAUUAUUCAUUGAUAUGAAUUCGACUUUGCGCACUUGAAGAGAUUGUCGAUAAUUUCCUUCUAGAGACGACCUCAAACUGUUCAUUAUAGAUCCCCUCCCCGUCUUAGAGUUAGGGCAGAGUUCCAUAUUCACAUAUAACGCCAAAGCUACGUUUAUGAUGUGGAGGGGAGGAACCACUGAGCGAUCAUAUUAUAUUAUGUAAGAAGAGGACAUAGAAGGAGGAUCGAUAUGUUACUUUGUGCACACCACGGGGAUUCGAGAUCAUAUCAAUGGAAUAAUAGAGUUUCAUAUGCAAUUGCGAUGCAUCAAUGAUAAGACAUUUCUUGAACAUUAUGUAUGACAUACAUGUAUAGGGAGAUUUCUAUUCUAUAGGAUGUAAAAGAAUAAAAUAGUCCGCACAUUUGAAGAGGGGGGGGGGUGGGGAGGGAGGGAGAGGAAGAAAGAAAGAAAUAAUGAGUUCUUUUCGAUUAACAUAUAUCCUCCAGUCCGUCCUCGGCUUAGUGAGGAGAAGAUAUAUAUGUGGAUGGGAGGGGAGUGGGUCCAAAUCUUAUCCCCCAAGAAUAGUAAAGAGGAGAGAAAUGCUCUUUUUUACUGUCACUCCUCAUUUCCCGCGUUCGUAACUAAUGAUAAGUUAAUUUACCUAAAAUAAUAAUAAGUUAAUUGUAAAGCCAAAAUUGCCAAUUGACUUAAAUAUAUAUAUUUCCUUUUGUACUGUGACCGUGACUGAGAUGGAUGGGAUGUGGGGGAGAAGGGGCAAUAAUGAAGAAGAUGAAGAUGGCAUUGAAUUGAGCAAUAUAUUUGGAAACAAAUACUGCGGGGUUCUCUGGACCUCAGCUCUUCCAAGCCGUCCAACAACGGCGUCUGCUGCCUCUCCCAAAACGGCGCUUGCUCUUCCUGGUGAUUUCAACCUCACCCUCCUCGACCACCUUAUCACCGAGCCCAGCCUCACCAACAUCGACUAGCUGCUGCAAAACGAGCUCAAUGCCGGCUAUGACCCUGAUGGCUUUGCUUGCUCCCGUGGGGUCGGCGACUGUGUUGUCACUUUCACCGUCGGACUCAGCAUCCUCAAUGCCAUUGCUGGGGCUCACAGCGAGAACCUUUCGGUGAUCUGCAUCGUGUCAGAGGCCCCAACACCGACAACGGGACCAACAGGAUCCUCCAUCACACCACUGGGUUGCCCGAUUUCACCCAGGAACUGCGCUGCUUCCAGAUAGUCACGUGCUACAAGGUGAGGCUGGGGUGAAUAACUUGGAAGACGCACACAAGCAGAUCGACGGAGCCAUCUCAACAGCUCUGAAAGAAUGUGAGCCGUUUUACAUAAGCAUCAUCUGCAACUUAGCAUGCCUCCCUCACUCUACUUUCAGCCGAGACCCCAUCCCUUUGCUCUCUCUCCCAGACUCAGCAACAAGGUGGGCCUCAAAGCUGCCGUGGAGGCCACAGCAACCUUUCUGAGCAAUGCAGUCAAGCCUGUCAUGGCGGGAGGGCCGAAGCUUCGUCCAUCCAAUGCUUAUGAUGCCUUCAUCGAGUUGGCUAAUGCCUGUGGCUAUCCCGUGGCAUAAUGCCCUCCACUAAAGGGCUAGUCCCUGAGCACCACCCUCGAUUCAUUGGGACCUAUUGGGGAGCCGUCAGGACCCACUUCUCCGCCAAGAUCGUUGAGUCCACCAAUGCCUACCUAUUCGCUCUCCACUUCUCCGCCAAGAUCGUUGAGUCCACCAAUGCCUACCUAUUCGCUGGCCCCAUAUUUAAGACUACAGCUCUGUGGGCUACUCCCUCCUCCUCAAGAAAGAGAAGGCCAUCAUCGUCCAGCCUGAUCGGGUUGUGGUCGGUAAUGGGCCUGCCUUCGGGUGAGUCCUGAUGAAGGAUUUCUUGCAGGCCCUCUCCAUGGGGGUCAAGUAAAAUGGCACCACUUAUGAAAGCUACUGUCGGAUCUUCUUUCCUUAUGGGGUCCCACUCAAGUGCGAGCUUGACGAGUCGCCGAGGGUCAAUGUACUAUUCCAACGAAUAUAGAGGAUGCUUUCGCACAAAACAGCCGUGAUUGCUGAGACGGGUGAUUCAUGGUUUAAUCGCCAUAAGCUUAAGCUGCCUGAAGGAUGUGGGUACAAGAUCCAAAUGCAAUACGGUUUCAUUGGGUGGUCUGUUGGGGCAACACUCGGUUACGCACAGUCCGUGCCAGAAAAACGGGUGAUUGCUUGCUUUAGUGAUGGAAGCUUCCAGGUGACCGCACAAGAUGUGUCAACUGUCCACAAUGAUGGAGGCAACUGUUGGACUGCGAAGGUUCGUACAGUAGGGGAGCUCACAGAGUCGAUUGCAACUGCCACAGGGGAGAAGAAGGAUUGCUUCGUACUUCAUAGAAGUGAUUGUUCACGAGGAUGAUACCAACAAAGAACUGCUUUAGUGGGGUUCCGGGGUCUGUGCUGUUAAUAGCCGCCUGCAGAAUCCCCAGUAGUAGAGAAAAGGAAAAGAGUUGUGGAAAAAUCACCUCGAGUUAAUUAAUUAGGAUACGGAAACUAUCAACCAGAUAUAGAAGGCCUCUAUAGUUUCAUUGACUUCCGGCUCCUUUUCCUGGUCAUGGCCGGAUGAUUUGAAUAAGUGCAAGCGAAGUUGCGUAUGAAAGAUUUUCCUGGUUUGGAAUUUAAUCUUAA